CGCCGCCGCCCCAGCCCCGCCGUGCCCGCUGCUGCUGCCGCCCGCAGCACCGCCCGCAGCCCGGGGACAUGGCGGAGUAGCCGCGCUCCGGGGAGCGGGGGGAGCGCCGAGCAGCGAUGGUACCUCCCGGCAGAUGAGCUGGAUGUAGGCGGUGGCAGCCGGCGGCUCGCGGCUUGACCUCGGCUUGUUUUUGGAACUGCAGGCUGGAGCACGUCCGAUGAGCUGGGAGGGAUAAAAACCAGGAGGAUUUGGGGCAGCAGCAACAGGACGGGAAUCCCCCCUCCCUUCGCCGCCUCCUUGCCCGGCAUGCCGGCAGUGCCCCGCUGAGACGUGCCAAGAGUUUUGGGGUUAACUACGCCUGGCCGCCCCUGGAAUAGAGACUCUCCGGAUAUCGGAUCGGUUGGGGUUUGUUGUCUAUGUCGUGUUGGGAAAUCUGGUGGAAUUUUUUCUCGCUCGAGGAAGAAGAUCCCGGUACUGGCAGUUGGCUUCGUGGUCUUUUUUGGAGGGCGAAGGAAGGGAAGGGAUCUCGCUUGAGCCGUGCGGAGAGAGAGCUCGGACAUGUGUUGUCAGCACAUCUGGGGAAUACAGUCUGCAAGUUCGAAAGGAAAUUUGCUGGGAUCGUUCAAACUGCGAUAUUGAUCUUUGUUAUUUUUUUUCGCCGAGGGAUGCACUUGGCAUGAGAAUCGGAGGAUGGAAAUUGUUUGGGAGGUGCUUUUUCUUCUGCAAGCGAAUUUCAUCAUCUGCAUUUCAGCUCAGCAAAAUUCACCAAAAAUCCAUGAAGGCUGGUGGGCUUAUAAGGAGGUGGUCCAGGGGAGCUUUGUUCCUGUGCCCUCCUUUUGGGGUUUGGUGAACUCAGCUUGGAAUCUUUGCUCUGUUGGGAAAAGACAGUCACCUGUCAAUAUUGAAACCAGCCAUAUGAUUUUUGAUCCCUUCCUAACUCCUCUUCGCCUAAACACAGGGGGAAGAAAGGUCAGUGGGACGAUGUACAACACGGGGAGACACGUGUCCCUGCGGUUGGACAAGGAGCACCUGGUGAACAUCUCGGGGGGCCCGAUGACCUACAGCCACCGCCUGGAGGAAAUCAGGUUACACUUUGGCAGCGAGGACAGCCAGGGGUCAGAGCACCUCCUCAAUGGCCAGGCCUUCUCUGGGGAGGUUCAGCUGAUCCACUAUAACCAUGAGCUGUACACAAACGUCACAGAAGCUGCAAAGAGUCCUAAUGGGCUGGUGGUAGUUUCCAUAUUUAUGAAAGUAUCUGAAUCAUCAAAUCCAUUUCUAAAUCGUAUGCUUAACAGAGACACCAUAACAAGAAUAACAUAUAAGAAUGAUGCAUACUUUCUACAGGGGCUUAAUAUUGAGGAACUUUAUCCAGAGACAUCUAGUUUCAUUACAUAUGAUGGGUCAAUGACAAUUCCACCCUGCUAUGAAACAGCAAGCUGGAUAAUAAUGAACAAACCUGUCUACAUAACAAGGAUGCAGUAAAUGAAUGGCUCCUCAAAUGAGACAGAGCAAGCAGAACCCAAAUCCUCAGUGGAAUGCUCCUUCUGGGAACUGACAUCAUCUGCAAUGCAACCUCCUUCUCUGGGCUCACGUGCACCAUGUGCUGUGGGAAAAGAGCUGCCAUGUUGGAAAACUCCUCAAAAUUCAUUCAUGUGACUGGUGGCCAUUUCAAAACAAAACAAAACAAAACAAAAGUAUUACAGUAAAUGUGAUUACAAUUUUCCUGAACUAAUUUAAAGUCACAAAGAAAGACUUUUCAGCCUUUGUACAUAUAAAAUUCUUCCUCUUCUCCCCAACCCCCACCCCCAACUGAAAAAAAACAAAAAAAAAGAUAAAAGGUGGCUCAGUACAGCAUCAAAGUGGAGUUGUGUUCUGUGUGCCAAGUAAUCCUUGGAAAGCUCUCAUUAUUUCACUAUUAUUAAUGGAUACCGACAAGACAGAACAAGACUACUGUAGAGGAAACUUAUUUCUAGGUUAUGAUCUUUCUGUUAAUUUAAUUUAAAAAGGGACAGGCUUUGAGAGAUAAGUAUUGUAAAUAUAUCACUGCAGAAUAAAAAGGAAAUUGAAAUAUUUCCCUCUGUCACAUAUCUGUAGUAGGAUUUGGCAAAAUCAGAAUAUAUCCAUUUUCUGUUUCUUGUUUUACAACAGAUCAUAUGUUGUGUUGGUUACUAUUAACAGCUCAAUAAAUGUGUUUAACAAAUUAAUUUA